AUGAGUUCCCGCUGGCGGAAUCUCGGUGCCCAUGGCGGCCCAGCGCUGUGGUGGUUCUUGCCCUCGGCUGUCCUGAUGAUGAUUCUUCUCUACGUCUCCUUCCUGCAAGAUCCCUCAGUGACACCGUUAAGCGGGGGCAAGGCGCAGGCCCUCCUGGAGGCCAGACUAACGAGAAUGGAAAACGAGACCAGAGUGACGGUGACCCCCAAGGCCAGAGCAAAGACCACCGCGGCCAGAGCCUCUGCCCGGAGCCCCAAGGAUGUCCAGGCCAGCUCUGGGCCAGAAGCCGGCGACAAGUACCGCAUGGACGCGGGUAUCCCCCCGACAACCUGCCCCGGCUCCUUGAAGGUCAAGGCCGCCGCGUCCCCCUGGCUCGGGAGCCUCUUCCUGCCCAACGUCACCCUGUUCCUGGACUCGGAGCACCUGGACCCGGAGGAGUGGGAGCGGCUGCGGCGCUACAACCCGCCCUUCGGCUUCCUGGAGCUCAACCGCUCCCUGGUGCAGAGUGUGGUGGCCCACUUCCCGCCCGGACCCCCGCGGCAGCUCCUGGCCGGCCUGGCCCGCGGGAACCCCCCCUGCGUCCGCUGCGCUGUGGUGGGCAACGGGGGCAGCUUGAAUGGCUCCCGCAAGGGCCAGGAGAUCGACGGCCACGACUACGUGUUCCGAGUGAACGGCGCCCUCACGCGCGGCUUCGAGCGGGACGUGGGCAACCGCACCAGCUUCUACGGCUUCACCGCCUUCUCCCUGACCACCUCGAUGGCCAGCUUGGGCAGGAGGGGGUUCCCGCACGCGCCCCAGGGCAAGGACGUCCACUACCUGCACUUCCUGGAGAACUCCCGGGACUACACGUGGCUGCAGGCGCUGCUCCUGGACCAGCCCCUGAGGGAGAAUAAGCUUGCCUGGUUCCGGCGCCGGCCACGGGAGGCCUUCCCCGAUGACUUCAGCCUGGACAGGUACCACCUGCUGCACCCAGACGUGCUCCGCUACAUGAAGAACAGGUUUCUGAGGUCAAAGACCCUGGACUCCCGCCACUGGCGAUUAUACCGGCCCACCACGGGGGCCUUGCUGCUGCUCACGGCCCUGCAGCUCUGCGACCAGGUGAGUGCCUACGGCUUCAUCACCGAGGGCCACAGCCGCUUCUCCGACCACUACUUCGACCUGUCGUGGAAGAGAACCGUCUUUUACAUCAACCAUGACUUCAAUUUAGAGAAACAGCUGUGGAAGCGACUGCAUGAGGAAGGCAUCAUCCAGCUGCACCAGCGGCGCUAG